AUGUAAACAAAACAAAAAAAUUUUUCUGAUUGGGAAGUUGGUGAUAAAUACGAAAUAAUAAAAGUUGUAGGAAGUGGUUCUUACGGAUAAGUAGUCGAAGCAUUGGAAAAAUCAACUAAAAAUAAAGUAGCUAUCAAGCGUCUUGACGGAAUAUUUGAAGAUACAGUAGAUUGUAAAAGAAUUUUGCGAGAAAUCCACCUCUUAAGGAUGUUAAAUCACCCUAAUCUAAUCAAAAUAAUUGAAAUAAUCAAACCUUCAGACCUAAAAAAAUUUGAUACAAUUUAUGUAGUAACUGAAUACUGUUAAUCUGAUCUAAAGAAAUUAUUUAAAAGUCCCAUUCAUUUAUAAAUGAUAUAAAUAAAAACAUUAACCUAUAAUAUUCUAACAGGUAUUAAAUAUUUACAUUCAUCCGAAGUACUUCAUAGAGAUUUAAAACCAGCUAAUGUACUCAUAAAUGAAGAUUGUUCUGUAAAAAUAUGCGAUUUUGGUCUUGCUCGUUCAGUAGAAGGUAUAACAGGUGCACAUAUAUAUGAUAAUGAAAAAGAAGAAAGUCCUGAAAAAGUCUAAUAAUAAUAAAUUAGUCCCGAGAAAAAAGGACUAGGUAAAAUGCAACGUGAAGGCAAAUUAAACUCUAAAGCAGGAGGUAGUAAACGAGAACUAACAGGUCAUGUUGUAACUAGAUGGUAUAGAGCCCCUGAAUUAAUUUUAUUAGAAAAAGACUAUACUGCUGCUAUUGAUAUGUGGAGUAUUGGUUGUAUUUUUGCAGAAUUAAUGAAUAUGAUAAAGGAAAAUGCUCCUACCUUUUUAGAUAGAAGUCCUUUGUUUCCCGGUGGAUCAUGUUUUCCUUUGUCUCCUGAUAGAAAUAAUACUGUUACUAAAUCAGGGUUCCCUCACAGUUAAAGUGAUUAACUUUAUGUCAUCUUCUCAGUUUUGGGAACACCGACUAGUGAUGAAGAUAUCGAUUUUGUUACUGAUUAGAAAGCUGUGGAAUAUAUCAAAAGCUUCAAUCCGAAAAAAAGAGUCGAUUUUAAAGAUAUUUUUCCUGCUGCAACACCUGAGUGUAUCGAUUUCUUGAAUAGAACACUCGUUUUUAACCCCAGGAAGAGAAUUACUGUUGAUGAAUCGUUAAAUCAUCCACUUUUUAAGAGCGUAAGGGAUCCAACGAAAGAAGUUUUUGCAAACGGACCAGUGGUUUUGCCUUUUGAAAAAGAAGGGGAUAUGGAAGUACCUAGGUUAAGGGAAUUGUUUAUUGAUGAAAUUAAACAUUAUCAUAAUUUUUGAAUUAUGUGGUUUUUAUUUUUAUUAUUAUUUAUUUUUUUUAUAUAUAUUUAAUUUUUUU